CAUUUAUCUAAGAAGUUUAGAAGAGUCAUGGUGUACAGCCCAGCCCAUUAUCGUAGCUGCACACAGCGACUUAUCCAUUGGUCAACCCAAUUUAAUCAUUCUUGUUUUUCGCAGGAGGGGCAAACGAAAUGGUGCUCACAAACUUCAAUGGAGCCGGAAUCGGAUUCGGCUUUGGGAUUGGCUGCGGCUUCGGCGUAGGGUGGGGUUUCGGAGGUUUAUUUCAUUUUUUUUCUCUCUUUCAGGAAUGCCGAUGAAUUUCUUAGGUCUUGGUGCAGGUGGUGGGUGUGGCAUUGGAAUGGGGCUUGGAUGGGGAUUUGGCAGUGGCUUUGGCAGUCAAUAUAGGAAUUCCAGGGUUACAUUUGAUGGUAGUGAACCACUCCGUAGCAGCAAAGGUAGCAAAUCAAAAGAUCUAAAUAAAUAAAACCCUCGGCUAGCUGAUGAUUAUCAGAAAACAUUUCUAGAGCAACUUUUGAGUUUUUAUCAGUGCAAUCCAAAGCUAUGAAGUUGCAAAAGCUUGUUUAAAUGUGCCUAUAACUUGGUGUACAAUUAGUUAGAAAGCAUUGUGUUGUCAACACGCAUAAUCUAGCCUUUUGUGAGUAAUUUGCCAUUUGAAUCGGCUAAAACAAUUUCCAAAUGUAAAUAUGUGGUUCAUCCGUUCAUGUGAUUCAUUUACACCUCUUUAAGUAGUGGAAAUGACCAAAUAUACAUCUAUGUUGCAAAGAUAAAAAAAUACCUUGUUUGUGCAAUUAUUAUUUUUGAAUAGAAUUUAGAUCUCUUGCGGGUCGUCGGC